AUGGGACUAUUAGACUGUGUGAAUCCAUUUGGGAUUCUACAAGAUUUUCUAGCCGAUUGUUUCUAUAAAUAUGGCUUAUUUAUUAGCAAACAUCCUCGAGCAUUCGCCUUAGGACCUCUAAUCUUAACAUGUAUUCUUGCGAUAGGAGUAUUUAAUGUUAGAAUGGAGGAUGAUCUUCGAUUCUUGUAUUCACCAGAGCAUUCCAGAUCGAGGAUAGAGUAUCAAGUUCAUAAGAAUUUUACAGGAGCAUCAUCAAACAACUCAUUCGUUUCUGUCACAUUAGAGUCAAUGGAUGAGGACAAGAAUUUGCUUAAUAAGGACAAAUGCCAUUUGAUUCGAAUGCUGAACAAAUUCAUUCUAGAAAACAUGACUAUGAAAAUCAGUGGAGAAGAGGUGAAUUUCGGAAAAGAGGUGUGCCCAGCAUUGAAACAGUGCACUCUUAGCAAUACGAUAGCUGAUAUUUUCUUUGAUACUUUCUGGAACAGUCGGUUAAGAGCGGACCCUCGAAUCAAAAUCGAAUAUCCUAUAAUGACGUUCUUCGAGAACAAAAUGUUCCUACCAACUCAUCUCUACGGUGUGCGCCUUGAUGGUAAAAACGAAUUGAAAUAUGUGGAAAUGGUUCAUCUAAUCUACCAGAUCCCUUCAUACAAAAAGAUCUCAUCGGAUGAGGUGUCUGUAGCGUUUGCUGAUGCUUUGCGUGGUGUACUUGGCACAUCAUUAGCGCCAUUUACGAGUUCCAUUUUUAGUCACUCAAUAUUGAAGGAGGAAAUGCAGAAAAAUGCGACUUAUACCGUACCGUUCAUCUCAUUAACAAUUCUUCUGCUUGUCAGCUUUACUGUUGGAUCCUGUAUGACCGGUGACUGGAUUACAUCAAAGCCUAUUGAAGCUAUGAUCUCAUCGGAUGAGGUGUCUGUAGCGUUUUCUGAUGCUUUGCGUGGUGUACUUGGCACUUCAUUAGCGCCAUUUACAAGUUCCAUUUUUAGUCACUCAAUAUUGAAGGAGGAAAUGCAGAAAAAUGCUACUUAUACCGUACCAUUCAUCUCAUUAACAAUUCUUCUACUUGUCAGCUUUACUGUUGGAUCCUGUAUGACCGGUGAUUGGAUUACAUCAAAGCCUAUUGAAGCUAUGGUAGGUGUGCUAACAUCAUCUAUGGCAAUUGUUAGUGCCGGUGGCUUACUCUUUGCCCUUGGGGAGCCAUUUAUAUACCAGGUAACAGUGAUGCCUUUCAUCGCUUUGGCCAUCGGUGUCGAUGACGUUUAUGUGAUGCUGGGUGCAUGGCAAGACACAAGACGAACGUUAUCUCCAGAUAAACGAAUGGCUCUCGCAUUAGAAGAAGCUGGAAGCGCCAUAUCUGUCACCUCAAUCACAUCGAUCCUCUCCUUUGGGAUAGGCUCAUUCUCAUCAACACCGGCAAUUUCGAUUUUUUGCAAAUUUAUUAUGGUUGCUGUAGCUUUCGAUUGGUUCUAUCAGAUUGAAAGAGUGCUGAAUCUCGUACACGAUCUAGAAAGUACACCAUACUCUAUGGGACCCAAUUCGACAUCGUUCUGGUUGAAGGAUUUCAACAAUUAUAGACAAUACUUCACAGAAGACAAUGAACGGUGUGAAUCUUAG